AUGAGUGAACAACUUGUGGCGAAUGAACUGCUGGCGUUCCUGCAGCAAAAGCUGGACGUGAUGGAUGAGGUGUCCGCUGUCCAGAUCUGCGCAUCGAACUUCAGCGAGCCUGACGUCGCUGCUUCCAAGCAGCUCCUGUUCCGGUUGCUGAACAAGAGCGACCAGAUGGUGUCCCGCCGGCGUGACGGGACAAAGAAAAGCAUCCAAGAUAUCAUCACGCUGCUAAAAGAGACCGAUCCGGACGACGUGCCUACGUUUGUGGCAGAGGAUCUUAACAAGCUUCCUCCCGUCACCUUCGACCACGUCGACGUAACAAGCCUGUUGAAGGACAUCGUCUUUCUGAAGGCAAGUCUGGCGGAUGUGCAGCGGAAGUUGGAUGCAUCCCAAAUUACUGUGGCUGAUUUGCGCAGCGAACUCAACGAGUUGCGUAAAUCGGCAACGGUAACUGGGUCACCGGCAACGGGUGCAUCGAACGUAAACAUGCGGCGCGGAGCGUGCCUCGAGGUAUCGGGUGCAAGUUUCGCGUCAGCAGUUUUGUCGCCAUCGCCGCGGUCACCGCCGAAUGCUGAGCCGGCACAGUGCGCGCCUCGUGCGCCCCGCUGCCCCGCUCCCGUCCCUGUGGGUCCUCCCCGCACCGCCGCUCGACCGCUCGACAUCAAGGUGUUCGUCGAGAUUAUGCCAGCGUCGCCGGGGACCGAUCAGGCUGAUGAUGAUGGGUUCGUGACGGUGCAAAGGAAGAAGCGCCGUCAGCGAACUAACAAGAAUCGCUGUGGCACGGCUCCUGCGGAGUCUAACAUCAAAAUCCGUGCUGCAAAGCCGAAUACCCCGGUGUACAUCUCCCGCCUACACUACACCACUAAGGCGGAGGACAUUGUGGAGUACGUGCGUCAGAAGCUGAAGUACGCCCCCAGAGUGCAGCUGCUGGAGUCGCGCCAUAAUGCCAACUUUAAGGCGUUCGUGGUGCGAGUGCCAACGUGUUUCCUGCACCUCGUGUUGGACGAAAACUUCUGGCCACAGGACGUGGUGUUCCGUCGCUUCCGCGGACAAGUGCCACUCGAGCGCACAGUGACGUAG